AUGGCAGCUGAUAGAGAUAAUUUUUUACAAAAUAUUGAAAAUGAUUCAAUUAACAAUGGCCAGGCCAUGGAUCUGUCACCCAACCGAAGUUCCUCUGAAAGCGAUAGCAGCAUUCUCAUGAAUGUGAAUGAUAUUAAAACUUUACGUCUGGACGUAGCACCAGAAGCUAAAAGCACCCAAUCAAAGAAGUCGCUUUUUUAUGAGAACUCUGAUGAUGCUGAAGAAGGAGAAAUAGAAGAGCGCACGAACAAAGAAGAAGGACAAUACCAUCAUAAAGGAUCUAAACAACUUCGAUUUGAGGUUGGCAAGGAAAGUACAGGUAAAUUGCAAUCUCAUCUAUCGGAUGGAAGCGCAACAAGUGGAGAGGGCAAUGUACGACCUUGGGAAUUCAGGAAGGUAAUACAAGCUGAGUAUAGAGAAAGGUUGCCGCGCAAUUAUGAAUUAAAGCAUUGGAAAAAGCCUUCUAAAAUAAUGAUAGGAUCCAUACUUCGUUUAUUAGAGACUAACACUGUAAGCGCUCUUGAUUCUGUCUUUGAGAAGUACGAAAAGGAAAUGAACCAAAUGACGCAUGGCGAUAAUAAUGAGGUUAAAAGAAUAUAUUCUAAGAAGGAACGUUUGCUUGAAAUAAUCCUCACAAAGAUAAAGAAGAAGCUAAGACAGGCCAAAUUUCCCUCUAGGAUAUCGGAAAGAGAUCUAGACAUCGAGUAUAUUUAUUCUAAGCGACAAUUUAUUCAAAACCGGUAUUCACAAGAACUACAAAAUAAUGAGAGAUUGGAAGCAAUUCUUUCACGUGAACAAAACCUUUUGGAGGAAACUAGGAAGUUGUGCAUGAAUUUAAAAACAAACAACAAGAAACGACUCACUGAGAAGCUAAUACAAAAAGAUCUGCAUCCAGUACUUAACAAAGCAAUGGAAUAUACAUAUGGCUUAGAAUCUACUAAUGGAUUUAUGCAUCCUGAUGGCCCAGUAACUUUUAGAAAUGAUAGCCACGAAUUGAACCUGAUGUUGAACGACCCCAUAAAAAGUACAGCCGAUGUGAGGCUUGAUAAGGAGGAAGUACUGUCGUUGUUACCUUCUUUGAAAGAAUAUACGAAGAAAUCAAAGGAACUUAAGGAAACAAUGGGUCAAAUGAUUUCGGAUUCACAUGAAGAAGAAAUCAAAGAGGUUUUUGUACCGCACCAUGAGUCGCACCAAGAUAAGACCGAAGAAGAUAUACACUAG